GGGUCAACCUACACUGCGCAUGCUCAGUCGGCCUUUUGAGUCAAGCGUCUGAAAUCUGUCAGAUCAGCGGACUGUCCUAACUCUUAAAACCUUCCUAUACAGCACAACACCAAUCGCAUUUACUCCGCGCCAGAUACUUUUAUUUACUUUAAGGCGCCUUUAGUUUGUAUUUUUUGUUAUUCGACGUGUGUGACGUACAGAAGCUGUAAAGAAUGACGAGCAGCUCAAAGCGGAAAGAAGAAAGUCAUCUGCUGAAUGGGGGUGUCAAACACUCCACAUGGAGCAAAGCGUUCAACAGCAAUGCAGUUUGGGAGGAGAAGGAUGAGUUUUUAGAUGUGAUUUACUGGCUCCGGCAAAUCAUUGCAGUGAUCCUUGGUGUCAUCUGGGGAGUCGCCCCACUGAAAGGAUUUCUGGGAAUAGCCAUAUUCUGUGUCAUCAAUGCGGGCGUCCUCUACGUAUACUUCAGCAGCUUUCAGCAGAUAGAUGAGGAAGAAUACGGUGGAACGUGGGAGCUCACCAAAGAAGGCUUCAUGACAUCUUUUGCUCUGUUUCUGGUGGUGUGGAUUAUCUUUUACACAGCCCUACACUUUGACUGAAAGCUAUUCCACCCAACAAUUUAUAUGAACAUUUGUGUCAAGAAGCAGGAACUCUCUGUCUUAAAGGGUGCUGAUGUGGCCACAAACAGUAUGACUCCUCAGUGUGCACUACAUAAUGGAAAUAAUUGGUUGAAGAUGGACAUGAUUUAAUCAGUUUCUGUUGUCGCUGGGCUACAUUUUAUGGGUGACAAACCUUCACAUUUGUCAUUCUUCCUCCCUUGUGUCGUAGUCACCAUGGCUGACAAAACUUUAAAAAACAUUGUGGCUCUGGUUCAAUUUCGAAUGAAUCAAAGCCUUGUUAGGAAAUGGAGUAUAGAUGCUAUUCUUUUGACUGACUUAUCUGCUGGAGAACAUGCAUAUUGGCAUCUGUUAGUACAAUAUAUUCAGUUCAUUGUACCGGUUUAACUCCCACGCUGGUCCCUCAGGUGCAGAUAAUACAGCUCAUUUUCUUCCUGACCGUCACUCGGGUAAUGUUGAUGCUAUUUGUUGCUUUUAGGAUAAAUCACACCGGUUGAAUGCAUUGAUAUUGAUACAGUUUUUUUUUUUUUUUUACUGUCAUACCAAGUGUGUCAGAAAACAUCACAGGACUGGUGUCACAAAAGAUAUUUCAAAUUCAUGUUGCAUGACUAUUGCCUUCAUGGGCAGGAACUGUCAGAUGUUUAGGGCAUUGUGAGCAGUUGCCUUUUAACUGCCACAACUUGAGCUGCUCCUUGUGCACUGAACCAAGUAAACAUCAUAGGAUCCCUUCCCUUUCAAGAUGGUUUUGAAAUAUAUCUUUCGUGACACCAGUACCGAAUCUGUACCGACACACCUCGGAUUAUGCCUUUGCAAUUUAAUUGCUAGAUUGUGUUUUUUUUUUUUUUUUUUUUGUCAAUUGUCUUGUCUAUUUGAAUUGAUCAAAAAUUUCAGUUGGACUGCAGUAAGUUGAUGUUUACCAUCUGCUUCAAGUGUGUAUGGUUUUAAUAGUGGCUGCAUUUUAGUAUUGCUUUAACUCAUUCUACCAGCCUCGAUCUAUCUGUCUAUACAGUAUAUUAAUCACAAUCUGUCCAUCCAGUGAGGAGGAAACUUAAUUUUUGUAAGCUAAACUUGGCCUGUGCACACCAAGACAAACUGUUCGUAUAUCUCAGUGUGUCAUUUAUCAAUGACUAGCAAAAGAGGGCAUAGAAAUAAUUUAAUGUAGCUUGCAGAUCAAUCUUACUUCUUGUUUUGAAAUUUAAGGUAUUUUGUAAAUUCUGUUGAGCGAAGCUGUCGUCAAACUCAAAUCGAUGUACUUGCGUUACCUCUCACAGGAUGUAACAUUGCUCAGUGUUUUAUAGUUGAGAACUUUUGAUCUCAGUUCUGACAAAGUUGUAAUGAAACUGUUUUUUAUAUAUAUAUAUAUAUAUAUAUAUAUAUGCGCAUAUGCAUGCAGAUUGUGGUUGAAACGAUCGCGUUUUCUGAUCAAAUCUUUUGGGAAUCAUUAAACAUGGGCUUCAUUUGGCCUCCAUUUUCAAUGA